CCGAAUUCAUUCUCUCUAAACUCCCUUGUAAAAGCUCCCUUGCAUUCUCUGCUAUAAUAUUAAUUGGGCUACAUGUGUUUCCACCUAAAGUCCUCCCGGUCAUAUUUGCGUGUUUUUACCUUUUUACUUUCCGAAUCAAGUGAACAAUCCUAGACCCGGUCUAGAAUAGUUUACCCGGUUAGGUAAUUUACACCAUCAUUUUUGGCGCCACCCGUGGGAGCGUUAAGGUUUCUUCUCAUCUAAACACAAACCUACCCACAAAAACACCACUCAAAAUGUCUUCAAGCCAGCAAAUCAACGCCACUUCCGCUCAGGUGCAAACCACUGCUGAGGGAGCCACCAUUGUUGCUACCCUACCGGCUAUUUCUGCUCCGGUGACGCCGUUGGGAUUAAGCUCAAUCCCAACCCCAAGCGUGGUCACCCCGUUCACGAUCCAUGUCCCUUCUGCUGGACCAAGGGUCACAUUUCCGCCCAGCAUGACCCAGUUCAUGAAUGACCCGGCCAACCUACAUGCCAUUCAAGGCUUUGGAGCCAGCGAAAACGAGGGCAUCCUGCCAGGAGAAGAAGUGGAAAGUCAGCCCCGUGGGCCGGUGGCUAACCGGCUAACCAUCCCGAAUGAUCGUGUCCAGCAGAUGGAGGCGAAAUUGGAGAGGCUGGAGAAGAAAGUCGGGGAGAAGAAUGACCGGGACAAACCCCUCGCUGGGUCCCCGUUCACUGCAAGGGUCCAUCUGACGUCUUUCCCGCGAAAGGCCAAGUUCCAGGAGAAUUAUAAUAAGAGGAAGAAAUUCACCUAUCUUAGUACAGCCGGGCAGAGGGAAUCUGAGAACCUCACUCAGUUCCUUACCCGGUGGAAGGAAGAGGUGGACAAGGAAGCCUACCAUACGGCAUGGGAAUUUCCUGAGGCUGAGACCCAACUCCGGGCAAAGAAGGAUGCUGAGCACGGGUUUAAGCCCAAGUCGGUGCAAAUCAAGAAGGAAGAAGCACCGGGAUCUAGCCGCCCAAGGCACCACUAUGACCCGGUCAUUCGCGUGGUCAACACAGAGGAGUGCACCAGUCAAUCCCCCGGAAAAUCCUACCGGAAGGACCUGGAAAAAGGUUCGAACCGCACGUACACGGGCCCAUGAGGUUUGACUGGUAUCGGGGAAUCAGCCGAGACUGUCAAACCGAUUGGGGACUAAAAGAUGCCCAUUAAAAGAAAUAGAAGAGGAUCGUCCACCGUGAUGCAUCCUAUUCCGACCGAUGCGGAUUUCCCCUUCUCAGGGAAGACUUGAACGGGAGGGUGAGCUAAGGCCUUCCCGGGAUGGUAGAUAACAAAGGGCCAUUAAAAGACUUAAUCACUC